AUGGGAGGGCUGAGAUUUAAGCACCUCUGCUGGGGGAGCUUUGUUGAGUCUGGGGGAACAUUCCAGUCAGUGUUAAUAAUCUUCCUUCUGAUUCCAUGUUCCUUGACUGCGGUGGAUUAUAGGGCAGCGCCAAUUUUGCCAAAUGAGACUUUCCUUUGGGUCUGGAAUGUCCCAACUGAAGCUUGUGUUGGAGCAUUUAAUCACUCAAUAGAUUUGAGUCUCUUCCCUUUAACCGGAAGUCCCCAAAAAAAUGCCACAGGGCAGGCUGUCACAAUAUUUUAUGCUAACUGACUUGGAAAGUAUCCAUAUAUAGAUAAGAAAUAAGCAGAACCGGGCGUGUUUGGAGGAAUACCUCAGGCGGGAAAUUUGCAAGAGCAUUUGGACAAAGUUAAGACUGACAUUGAGCAUUAUAUUCCAGUAGACCAAUUGGGCUUAGCUGUCAUUGACUGGGAAGAAUGGAGGCCUACCUGGGCACGAAACUGGACACCCAAGGAUAUUUAUAGAAACAAGUCUAUUCAGUUGGUACAGACCCAAGAUCCAGGUAUGAACAUUACACAAGCCACCAAGAAAGCCAAAGAGGAAUUUGAAAAGGCAGCAAGAAAGUUCAUGGAAGAGACAUUAAAACUGGGUAAAAGACUUAAGCCUCGAUACUUAUGGGGGUUUUAUCUUUUUCCUGAUUGGUAUAACAAUAAUUAUUUAGAGCCAGGCUAUGAUGGAAAAUGUCCUAGUAUAGAAAUAGAAAGAAAUAAUGAUCUUGACUGGAUAUGGAAAGAAAGCACUGCCCUUUACCCAUCGACCUAUCUGAGGAGUGAAUUGAAAUUAUCUCCAAAUGCAAAACUCUACAGUCGCUACCGUAUAUUGGAGGGCAUCAGGACUUCUAAAGUGCAUGGGGAAAACAAUCCACUUCCCGUCUUUCUGUAUACACACGUUGUUUUUACUAACCAAGUCUGGGAAUUCCUUUCUAUUAAUGACCUUGUGAAUACAAUUGGUGAAGCGGUUGCACUGGGGACCAGUGGAAUUGUAAUAUGGGAUUCUACAUAUAUAGCACAACGUGCACAGACAGGUUGUCCAACUCUCCAUAAAUACAUGAGGACUACCCUGAAUCCGUACAUAAUCAACGCCACCCUAGCAGCCAAAAUGUGCAGCCAAACACUUUGCAGUCAUCGAGGCAUCUGCACAAGGAAAGAUGUGAAUUCAGAUCACUAUAUUCAGUUGAAUCCAAAGAACUUAGAAAUUAAACUUUUGAAAAAUGGGAGUUUUGAAGUAGUUGGCAACCCCACGGUUGGAGACCUGAAGUACUUUUCUGAGCACUUUAAAUGCAACUGUUUUACCAACAUGGAUUGUAAAGAGAGAUCUGACAUUGAAAAUGUGGAAAAUGUUAAAGUGUGCACUGCAAAUGUUAUAGAUUAUACAACUUGUCACAAAACAUUCCUGAAACACGAUGCAAGAAGAAGAAUAGUUCGCUGUAAGGCAGUCAUCAAACUUUCGUCCCUCAGAGGCCUCAUGUCACUAUCUUUCUCACCGUUUGCACCAAAUAUUGGAGAGACCAAAGUGUGGAAGAAGAAAUAA